AUGUCUCAAGACGCAAAUAAAGUUGAAAAUACACCUCAGCUCUCCUCUGAGCCUGAUAAUGUGGUAGAAAAGUUGACACCCGAACAUGAAGUUGUGGAUGAGAAAGUAAAUAUCUCCAAAGAUAGCCAUGAACCACAAUAUACUAUGAAUAAAACUCAAAUUUUAUUGGUUUUUGUUGGUCUUUCGUUGGCUAUAUUUUUGGCUGCUUUAGAUCAAACUAUAGUUGCAACUGCUUUACCGGCUAUUGCAUUAGAAUUUAAAUCUCUCGAUGAAAUCUCGUGGAUUGGAACAGCUUAUUUACUUACUGCGACCGCUUUCCAACCAACAUAUGGUGCACUUUCAGAUAUAUUUGGUCGUAAACCUGUAUUUCUCACAGCAAUAUUUUUAUUCGAGUUUGGUUCACUUUUAUGCGGUGUAUCCGUUAAUAUGACUAUGUUAAUCAUAUCGCGUGCUGUUGCGGGCCUAGGACUUGUAUUGAUUAUUAUUUCAGAAAUAGUUCCGAUCAAAGAUCGUGGAAAAUAUCAAGGAAUGAUUAGUGGUUGUUUUGGUAUUGCGUCAGUUAUAGGUCCUUUAUUGGGUGGUGCUUUUACGGAUAAAGUCACUUGGAGAUGGGCAUUCUUUAUAAAUCUUCCUUUAGGUGUCAUCACCUUUAUCUCUGUUAUCUUUUUAUUGCACCUUCCAUCUCCUACUGGUUCUUUUUGGUCAAAAUUCUCGCGAGUUGAUUGGUGGGGUGCUCUUACUUUGGUUUCCGCAACUAUUCUCUUGUUAUUGCCACUUAAUUGGGGUGGCUCAAAAUAUGGCUUUGUUGGAUAUAUAAUAUUUGUUUUUAUCGAAGCAAGGCUCGCUGAACAACCAAUUGCUCCUCUUUCAUGUUUUGUUGUAAAUCUCUUUCAUGGAAUGGCAUUUCUUGCCCUAAUAUUCUUUGUACCACUUUAUUUUCAAGUUGUAAAAUCUGAAACUGCUACCACUUCAGGUUUAGAACUUCUUCCUCUUAUGCUGGGUGUAGUCGUAAUGGCCAUCUCUUCAGGUCAACUAGUUUCAAGGACUGUUUUUUUUACUUAUGGUACACUUUGCGUUCUCGGAAGUAUUUUAAUGGCUGUAGGGUCUGGGUUAAUUAGCACGUUUUCAGUCGAUACAAGUAGAGGUCAAAUAAUAGGUUAUUGUCUCAUUGCCGGUCUUGGCAUUGGUUUGAUUAUUCAAAUUAUUGUAUUAGCCGGACAAGGAAUUGCAGAACCUAAAGAUAUUGCUACCGUUACUGCAUUACUGACAUUUUUCAGAACAAUGGGUGCAGUCUUUGGUGUAGCUAUUCUGGGCACAGUUUUUAACAAUGUACUUACUGCAAAUUUACCCCAAGAAUAUCGUGGAUUUUUACAUGGUCUUGGUUCACCUGGGCCAGGCUCAGGCUCUGGCCAAAUGCCUAGUCCUGUACUUAACGCUUUUGUAACAGCUUUGGAUACUGCAUUUAGAGUUACAAUUGUUUUUUCAGGAUUAACUCUUAUCGCUUCAUUACCUUUGAUAACUGUUAGGCCGCAUAGAGAUAAUUCUAAUAAGCCAGUUCUAACAGAGAUAUAA